GCGAACGCAGCUUUGAACCUGUCACCUCCCCGGCCUCCUCCUCAUCAAUCAAUCGUAAGUCAAUGCUCUUUCCUCUGUUCUGUGACUAUCCAAGCGCAUUGAACCACCGUCUCGACGCGCCGUUUUUGCUCUUCCACGGCCGUUCCAUUGUGGACCUAAGCCCGACUCUCCCCCUCCAGAACCGGACAUUUGCUCCGCUGUAAACAAAGCGUUGGCCCGGCGCAACCAAGGCGUUCAAAAUCAUUUGCCCGCCGCAGACAAGGCCAAAGAAUCGUGCGAUCGACUAAUCAGGCUUUCAUCUUACUUUCAGAUUUCGUACACCGCUGCAUGACGAUUUUGACCUUCACGAGCCAUGUCGCUUAAGAUAGAGCGGGACACAGUCAAGGAGACCGUCAACAAGGGCGGUCUCGUUGGCUCCGCCGCAGUCGCCGUGGCCGAGGCCGCCACCGGCAACCUUCCGGGCACCAGCGGCAAGCACCCUGUCGCUGCCGUCGUCGGCACCGCCCUCACCGGCGGCAGACAAAAUGCGGGCACCAAGGGUUAUCUCGCGGCCUACCUCCGACAAUUAGAGGAGCAUCCCUUGCGGACCAAGAUGCUCACGGCCGGUACUCUGGCUGGCGCUCAGGAGCUGAUGGCGUCGUGGUUGGCCAAGGACCGAAACAAGCACGGCAACUACUUCACAUCGCGCGUACCCAAGAUGGCGGCUUACGGCGCCCUCGUCAGCGCCCCUCUGGGCCAUUUCCUCAUCUGGCUCCUGCAAAAGGCCUUCAGCGGGCGGACUAGCUUGCGGGCCAAGAUUCUCCAGAUUCUCGUCAGCAACUUGAUUAUCGCGCCCAUCCAAAACACCGUCUACCUCAUCGCCAUGGCGCUCAUCGCCGGCGCCAAGACGUUCCACCAGGUCCGGGCCACGGUGCGCGUUGGUUUCUGGAAGGUGAUGCGCGUCAGCUGGAUCACGUCGCCCAUCUGCCUCGCCUUCGCCCAAAAGUUCCUCCCCGAAAACACGUGGGUGCCCUUCUUCAACCUCGUCUCCUUCGUCAUCGGCACCUACAUCAAUACCGUCACCAAGAAGAAGCGCCUCUCGGCCCUGCGCAAGAAGCACUUUGGCGACUCGGGCCGCACCCCCGGCGGCUCCACCAUCGGCCCCCGCCCCGACGACUACCCGCCCCUCGGACCUAACCCUCAGUACUAAGCCCGGGCCCGGUUUAGGGGGGAUUGAGGUAGAGUAGAGCGGUGCUUGGAGUGUUGAGGAAUGGGCGAUGGGGUCACGGCGAUGAUGGAUAGCGCCCACUACUUCCUGGGGACGAUAUGGUGAAGAAGGAUACGUGUGUGAACAAGGAUUACUGUUAUGACGGAAUGUGAUGCAAUGGGGGGCGCAGCUCCUCCGAGGGAGUUUUGGUGGGGAGGGAUACCUGUAUAUUUCUGUCAUGUUUUAACGUCCAAUGUCGCGCUCACUCUUGCGAUGAUGGAUAGAUGAAUGUUAGUUGGGAUACCUCGUGCCUCUGUCGACCCUCGUACCAUGGAGAAGCUUAGAACGUCAUGUUAUGUACAAGACGCCAGGCGCAAAAACUAACAGAACCCCCUCCUGAAUGGCCAGUGGCUAAUCGAAGGAGUAUCUCGCUG